CUCAUCACCUCGGAAAAUCUUAAUUGCAUUCUCUCUUGAAGAGAUACAGAAACAUUAUGGGCAAGGGUAAGGUCGCUUCGACACCAGUGAUUGCUAUGCUGUUUCUUGUCUUCGUUCUCAAUUGCCUAAGCCUCGUGAUAGCAAAGGUUCAUAUUGUUUAUCUGGGAGAGAGGCAACAGGAUGAUCCCAAUCUCAUAACAGAUGCUCAUCAUGACAUGCUUGCUACGGUAGUGGGCAGCAAGGAAGUGGCCUCAGAAUUGAUGGUGUAUAGCUACAAGCAUGGCUUUUCAGGAUUUGCAGCCAAGCUUACAGAAGCUCAGGCACAGCAACUUGCUGGGUUGCCUGGAGUAAUUAGAGUGAUACGAAAUAGCCUCCACAGACUGCAAACAACAAGGAGUUGGGAUUACCUUGGCCUCUCUUCUCAUUCUUCUUCCAAUGUUCUUCAUAAUAGUAACAUGGGCAAUGGAGUUAUCAUAGGUGUCCUUGACACAGGAAUAUGGCCAGAAUCUAAAGCCUUCAGUGAUGAAGCACUUGAACCUAUCCCAUCUCGCUGGAAGGGUGGUUGCCAAUCUGGAGAUCAAUUCAAUGCCUCGAUUCAUUGUAACAGAAAAAUCAUUAGAGCCAGUUGGUUCGCUGAUGGAUUUCUUGCAGAGUAUGGGCAGACAUUAAACACAUCAGGAGGCCAGGAGUUUUUCUCCCCAAGAGAUGCAAAUGGACAUGGCACCCAUGUAUCCAGCACUGCAGCUGGUUCUUUUGUGCAUAAUGUUAGCUAUAAAAGCCUUGGUCUUGGAAACGUAAGAGGUGGUGCACCCCGUGCACGUUUGGCCAUUUACAAGGUCUGUUGGAAUGUGCUUGGUGGGCAAUGUGCAUCUGCGGAUAUUCUGAAAGCCCUUGAUGAAGCCAUACAUGAUGGGGUUGAUGUGUUAUCCCUGUCACUUGGGUCUGGAAUUCCUCUUUUCUCAGAUGUUGAUGAACGUGAUGGAAUUGCUACUGGUUCCUUCCAUGCUGUGGCAAGGGGCAUCACAGUUGUUUGCGCAGCUGCAAAUGAUGGACCUUCAGCUCAGACAGUACAGAACACAGCACCGUGGAUUUUAACUGUAGCAGCGAGCACCAUGGAUCGAACAUUCCCUUCUCCAAUAACACUUGGAAAUAAUAGAACUUUAGUGGGUCAAGCAGUGUUUAGUGGAAAAGACAUUGGUUUAACAGGUUUGGUAUAUCCAGAGGCCGCAGGGCUUGAUCCCAAUUCUGCUGGUGUUUGCCAAGAUCUCUCACUUAAUGCCACUAAGGUAGCUGGAAAAGUUGUGAUCUGCUUCGCCUCAGUGACUAGAAGAGUCGCCAUAAAAAUUGCUGCGUCAAUUGUUCAAGAAGCUGGUAGUAUCGGCCUGAUCGUUGCCAAAAAUCCCACUGAUACAUUCUCUCCGUGCGCUGAAAACUUCCCAUGCGUUGAAGUUGACUAUGAAGUUGGCACCCAAAUACUCUUUUACAUCCGAUCAACCGAGUCACCCUUGGUAAAAUUGGGCCCUUCUAAAACAUUUGUAGGAAAGCCUUUGUUAGCCAAGGUAGCCUAUUUCUCAUCAAGAGGGCCUAACUCCGAAGCGCCAGCAAUUCUCAAGCCAGAUGUUGCUGCUCCUGGAGUGAAUAUAUUAGCUGCUGCUUCUCCUCUUAAUCCAUUGUCGGAUAAUGGAUAUGCCAUGCUUUCAGGAACUUCAAUGGCAACUCCUCAUGUCUCCGGCAUUGUGGCACUUGUCAAAGCUUUGCACCCUGAUUGGUCUCCAGCAGCAAUCAAAUCUGCACUUAUCACCACUGGUUUUCCAAUAUUUGCAGAGGGAUGGCCACAAAAGCUUGCUAAUCCAUUCGAUUUUGGAGGAGGCAUCGUGGACCCAAAUAAGGCAGCAGACCCUGGUCUCAUAUAUGAUAUGAACACAGCCGACUACUUACAUUAUCUCUGUGCUAUGGAAUACAGCAACACUGAUAUCUCUCUGCUUACAGGGCAACCCACCAUGUGCCCGGAUCCAAAACCUUCCAUGUUAGAUAUAAAUCUGCCUUCCAUAACAAUACCAGGUCUCAGAAGUUCUAUCAACCUCACGAGAACAGUAACAAAUGUAGGAAACUCUACAUCAGUUCAUAGAGCUGUAAUUGAACAUCCGUUUGGCACAAAGAUAUCAGCACAACCUAAUGUAUUGGCGUUCAAUGCUACAAACCAGAAGAUAUCUUUCAGGGUAACCAUCUCGACAACGCACCAGUUCAUCACAGGUUAUUAAUUUGGAAGCCUAACUUGGACCGAUGGUGUUCAUCACGUUAGAAGUCCUUUGUCCGUGAGAACAGAUGUAUUACGAUCUUAUUAA